ACGGCUUCUAUGCGCACGAACGAACGCGCAGAACAAUGAGGUAGCAGCCAUUUUAUAUCGGUGUCUAAAGAAAAACAUAAUUCGAAUGGCCAAUCUUAACGAAAUUGUGUAAUUAGUGCUGUAAUUUAUGUGUUUCUAUACACGCAACUGUAAAUAGGUGUUUCUAUACUUAUGCGGCAGCAAUUAAGAAUGGGGGUGCACCGACGGCACCAUUAGUUUCCCGGCACACUGGGGCGUGGGCGUCGGGGGCGUGGCACGGGGCGUGGGCGUGCCCGUGCCGCCCCCCGGCGACCUCCUCGCCACUAUAUCCAUGUUCGAACAGCAGAUCAAGGCUGAGCCCAUGAGUUUGUUCCCCAGCUUCUACACAUCCCACGCCCACGUCCACUCCGGCCCGCCCACGAUCAUCCGCUCCGACUCGCACUCCAUCAUCAACAUGAACCAGCACCAUCCCGAAGACUCCAAGGACAGCCUCAUAGUACAACAGCAAGUACAACAUCAGCAGGAUCUGAUGGACCAACAACACCAGCAAGAUUUACAGCAGGAUGACGAGGUUAGUGAGCUAAGCUUUAAAGGAAUGGAUGAUGAAGGCGUCGAAAUGGAUAUGGAUGGUCGGCAAUGCUCGCAGGCCUUGGGCGUCGAUAUGGGUUCAGUUCAAACAAAAAUGGAAGUAUCAAACGGAGGCCAAACAACUCCACGGUCAAAACCACAAGCCUGUAAGGUUUGCGGGAAGGUACUCUCGUCCGCUUCAUCUUAUUACGUUCAUAUGAAGCUUCAUUCCGGAAACAAGCCUUUUCAGUGCACGGUUUGCGACGCAGCUUUCUGCCGCAAACCGUACUUGGAAGUCCACAUGCGUACACACACCGGCGAGAGGCCCUUCCAGUGCGAUUUGUGCCUCAAACGCUUCACCCAGAAGUCCAGCCUCAACACGCACAAGCGCGUCCACACCGAUGAGCACAUGCGCGCCUUGAUGGUGAAGGAGCGGCCCUACAAGUGUGAGCUCUGUGGCGUCAGGUUCACGCAGAGCUCCAGCCUCAACCGCCACAAGAAAAUACACACGGAGGAACACAGACGCGCGCUGCUGGCCAAGGAACGGCCCUACCAAUGCGGCGUCUGCUAUCUCAGAUUCACGCAGAAAUCGAGUUUGGGCCGGCACGGAAAAAUUCAUACCGAGGAGCACAGACGAGCCCUGUUAGAGAAAGUGCGGCCGUACCAGUGCCACAUCUGUUUUAUGCGCUUCACUCAGAAGUCCAGCCUGGGCCGACAUGGGAAAAUACAUACUGAGGAGCACAUACAAUCGCUGAUCAACAAGGUGCGCCCGUAUCAGUGCGACAUUUGCGACAAGAGGUUCACGCAGAAGUCGAGCCUGGGCACUCAUAAGCGUAUACACACUGGGGAGCGGCCGUUCCAGUGCACCGUCUGCCUCAAGUCCUUCACGCAGAAGUGCGCGCUCAAUUUGCACGAAAAAAUACAUACGGUGCAAGGGCGCCCUUACACGUGCGGGCUUUGCCCGGCGGCCUUCGCCCGCCGCCCCUACCUGGACAUUCACUUGCGCACGCACACAGGCGAGCGGCCCUAUCAGUGCGACGCCUGUCUCAAGCGCUUCACGCAGAAGUCCAGCCUCAAUAUACAUAAGAGGACGCACACAGUCCAGGGCAGACCGUUCCAGUGCCUGUCGUGUCCCGCCGCCUUCACGUGCAAGCAGUACCUGGAGAUUCACACGCGCACGCACACCGGCGAGCGGCCCUAUCAGUGCGACAUCUGCCUCAAGCGAUUCACGCAGAAGUCCAGCCUCAACAUCCACAAGCGGACCCACUCAGUACAGGGCCGGCCUUUCCAGUGCCUACAAUGCCCGGCCGCCUUCACUUGCAAGCAGUACCUGGAGAUCCAUAAUCGCACGCACACAGGCGAAAGGCCUUACCAAUGCGAUGUUUGCCUCAAGAGAUUCGCGCAAAAGUCCACACUCAACAUACAUAAACGAACGCACACAGUGCAAGGUCGGCCGUAUCAGUGCAUGGAGUGUCCGGCCGCGUUCACUUGCAAGCCGUACUUGGAGAUACACAUGCGGACUCACACCGGCGAGAGGCCGUUUGAGUGCGAUGUCUGUUACAAGCGCUUCACGCAGAAAUCGACGCUCAACAUUCACAAGCGAAUCCACACCGGGGAACGGCCUUAUGCCUGUGACAUUUGUCAGAAACGAUUCGCCGUCAAGAGCUACGUAACAGCACACAGAUGGUCCCACGUGGCGGACAAGCCGCUGAACUGCGACCGCUGCUCGAUGACGUUCACGUCCAAGUCGCAGUUCGCGCUGCACAUCCGCACGCACUCGGCCGGCUCCUGCUACGAGUGCAGCGUCUGCGGCCGCACCUUCGUCCGGGACAGCUAUCUAAUACGACAUCACAAUCGCGUGCACCGCGACAACCACAGCAACGUGUCGGCCAACAGCAUCGGAACCAUCAACAACGUCGCGACCAACACCAACAACUCCAAUAACAGCAAUUUUGUUGAUUCACCCGGCGUUUGUGACUUAAGCUUUGUUCCUAUGGUGAAUCGUUAUAUGACGUCGCAAGGAACGCAGGUUUCUAUGCAAGAUACGAGCAAGAUGUCUGCUAUGUCGCCACAGUCUAUCGCGUCGAUAUCUUCGCCGCCUCCGCCGCACACCCCCACUCCGCAGCCCCAGAUGUCGGGUCAGAUGCACCUGGCAGACUGAUCGCCACAAUAGCUCUCGGUUGACUUGUGAGCAGCCUGAGUGCAAUAAAGUAGUGUGGCAGCCAUCAACAAGAGCAGCUAUUUACAGAAUAAUAAUAAAAUAUAAAAGUCACCAAUAUCGAGGAGAGCGGUUGUUUCCGUCUGGAUUGUGGGCAUGGACCAGGCACGGAUUGUUUAUUUGCUAGUUUAUUUAGCUACUGUUGAGUUCGUCGGGCGUGACGCGCGCAGCGUCGCGAGGCAAGAGCGUCGGGCGG